GCCUAUGACGGUUUCAUGUUCACCUUUGUAUGGAAGCAACUGAAAAGUUGUAAGUGCUCCAUUUUGGCCAUGUCUGGCCACACGGGUGCCGUUUUGGAAGCUCAUUUCAAUACCGAGGGUUCACAGGUAUUCACUUGCUCGACAGAUAAAACUCUAGCCAUAUGGGAUAUUGGCACAGGCCAAAGGGUGCGACGCUUAAAAGGUCAUACGAACUUUGUAAAUUCCCUACAGGGAACACGUCGUGGCCAACAAAUGCUGUGUUCCGGUUCUGAUGAUCGUACCAUACGCAUUUGGGAUGCGCGAAAGAAACUUUCAGCCCAUAUGUUGGAAGCACCGUUUCAAGUGACCUCGGUUACAUUUAAUGACACAUCCGAUCAAGUUAUAUCCGGUGGCAUCGAUAAUGAGGUGAAAGUCUGGGAUAUACGUAAACAACAAGUUUUACAUUCACUCAAAGGGCACACGGACACAAUUACAGGAUUAUCGUUAUCACCCGAUGGAUCUUAUAUCCUAUCAAAUUCUUUGGAUAACACUUUAAGGAUAUGGGAUAUACGUCCCUAUGUACCGGGUGAGCGUUGUGUGAAAAUCUUCCAAGGUCAUCAACAUAAUUUCGAAAAGAAUUUGCUACGUUGCGCCUGGUCACCGGAUGGUAGUAAAAUUUCAGCUGGUUCUGCCGAUCGUUAUGUCUAUGUAUGGGACACAACAAGCAGAAGAAUUCUAUAUAAACUUCCCGGACACAAUGGUAGUGUUAAUGACGUUGAUUUUAGCCCCAAAGAGCCGUUGAUUGUGUCGGCUUCUAGCGAUAAGACUUUGUAUUUGGGUGAAAUAGAAGACUAAUAAAUGGAAUGAAUGAAAUGUAAAAAAGA